AUGGCGGACGAUGUAACUUCCAACGAGCAACUACCAAGACCAGAAAGUGAAGAAGCCGAAGAAGCCAUGAUUACAGAACAACCUAAAAACGAAGCUAACACCGCCCGACUAAUGAUAACCAAAAUAGUCAAUGAAAACUUCAAGUCUUACGCCGGAGUUCAAGAACUUGGCCCGUUUCAUAAGGUAAACACUUGAUUGAUCGUUGCAAUUAAUUGUUGGCUGUAAAUUAGAAGUUUGAGCAGUUUUUGCUUUUCUCUGCAUUUAUUUUGUUCAGAAAUGUUUAGGCCUCAAGCAAAUGAGUUUGAUAAUGUGAAGUAUCGCAUUGUGUGUUUCAGAAUUUUUCUUCGAUUGUGGGUCCAAACGGAAGCGGCAAAUCGAAUGUCAUUGAUGCCAUGUUGUUUGUGUUUGGGUACCGUUCGAAAAUGAUUCGGACGAAAAAAGUUUCUCAGCUGAUACACAAUUCAGAGAAUCAUCAGAACGUCCAGAGCUGCACUGUAGCUGUACAUUUUCAGAAAAUCAUCGAUUUGGUAAGUGCAGUUCUUACCGAUGUUUUACUCCUUUCUUCUAAUGAUAAGCAACUGACAAUAAAAUUAAUAAGACUUUAAUAAGCUUAUUUAAGUACUAAAACGCUGAAAAGAACUAAAGGCAAGAUGAAGCUUAGUUUGUGCGAGAUAGUCAGCAAAAAUGUUUGCUAUCGUGUGGAGAAGAUACCAUUCCAUAUCAGGGAUUCCCCAAUUUGUAAGAAAAAUAGAAGUUUUUCUCUUUCCUGAAAGAUGCAAACUUUUCAAAUGAUAAUUUAUGCUUCAAGAGACGUUACAUUAUCCAUCCACCCCUCCUCCCCCUAAAGAUGGCUGGAAUCCAGACCCUAAAGUUUGCGUCAGUGGUGUUGUAAAAUGAAUUCUGAUGUGUUUUUAUUUGUUAGCAUCUUUGAAAAUAUUGUUUGAAGGGUCCAAACAUUGUAGGCUUCUCAAAAGAAAAGAUUCAAAAUCCCCCUUUACAAAAACCCACAAUUCUAAGGGUGGAGUGCGGAUAAGAAAUUGAACUUCCUUAAAUUCAUUCCUAGGGUACUCUCCUUUUCUUUGCUCUUUCUAUGUAAGUUCAAUAUUUUCAAUCCAUUUUGGCUAUUAGUAGGUAUAUAUAAACUGCCGCAUAUUUCUAGUGUUGUUCAUUGUGACCUCUGUAUUUUAAGCCAGGAGAUGAGUAUGAAGUUGUGCCAGGAAGUCAAUUUGUUGUAUCCCGCACAGCACGAAAAGACAACAGUUCUGACUAUCAUGUUAAUAACCGCAAAGUUCCAUUCAAGGAGGUGGCUAAGCUUCUGAAGGAUUGUGGCAUUGACUUGGAUCACAACAGGUUUCUUAUUUUACAAGUGAGUUGAGUGCUGAGUUACUCAUUUAGGGCUGUGUAGUGCCUAUAUCUAGGCCCCAGGGAACCUGCAUUAGCUCUUGGGCAUUUGCAGUAGUUAUUGUAGAUUCAAAACUUUCAGAUUCAAAAUUACAAUAUUAUUUUUCUUUGAUAGAGCCUUGGUACAUGAGAUUAGAGUUGUCCUAGAGCAGGGUUGUCACUAAGAUUUCAAGUUGCCGGGUAAACACAACAAGUAGGCGGGGAAAUCAAACAGCUAGGGAUUUCUUUUGGUUCUAUUUUUCUUCUAUUUUCCAAUAAAAGUAGCCGGGGGCCACUCUCUUAGUAGCCGGGAAAAAUUCCCGGCCCCCGGCUCUUAAUGACAACCCUGUAGAGUCUUUUGAAAUCAGUAACAAAACACAGUAACCCUUCAAAUUUGGUUAGGAUUAGGCUCAGGUUGAAAGGUUGAGUUGAGGUUGAAAUUAUUUUGACCUUAAUUUCUUUUUUAACCAGAAGAAAAUAUCUGAUCCCUGUCUAUUUUUCAAUUUUCUGGCCAACUUCAGAAGUAAGUGACGUGUAGCAUAUAGAAUUAUCAAUUUAAUUCAAUUUACAGGGAGAAGUUGAACAGAUUUCCAUGAUGAAGCCAAAGGCUCUUUCAGAGCAUGAGGAAGGAAUGUUAGAAUACCUAGAAGACAUCAUUGGAUCAAGCCGCUUCAAAGAGCCAAUUGAACAAUUAGCUAAUGAGGUUGAGACCCUAAAUGAAGCUCGUGGGGAAAAGGUAAUUUCUUUAAUCCCAGAUAAAGAAAAGUACUUCGGGAUUAAAUUUUUUUGAAAGUUGUCUUUUUGUGACCUUAAUGUAUACAAUUGUCACAUGGUGUAAAAAAGUUUUGGACUGUUGCCAGUCAUGUUGACUGGCCAGAGAAAUUUUAUUUUGGUUGCGUCCUUUGAUCGGUCAAAAUGAGGCAAAGUACAUGUAUUGAAAGGGAACUCUUACUAAAAAAAGCUGUAUCUUCAAACAAGUUCUGUUGUUUUCAGUUAAACAGAGUUAAAGCUGUAGAAAAAGAGAAGGAUGAACUGGAAGGCUCAAAGAAUGAAGCUGUUGAGUACCUCAAAAUGGAGAACUCCAUCACAAAACAAAGAAAUGUGCUUUUCCAGAGAUAUAUGUAAGUUUUUUGGUGCAUAUGUUUACAGGCGAAAAUUAAAUUCAGGUUAAAUUUCUUUUUCUCUUAGUAUUUCGAGCUAGGAAACAAAGGUAACUGAGAAUCAACCCAGUAGGUUUUUUUAACCUGAAUUUAAUUUUGACCUGUUACACAUGUACUAGUGGUGUACUGAUCUUUGAUUAUAAUCAAUCAUUGAUAGAAAAAAAAAGAAAAUGCACUUUAUUUGAGUGUCAAUGUAUCAAUGUACAACUGUACUUAGCAUGAAAGUACUAAUUAGGGACCCUAUAUUUACGUCUCCUACUGGAGAGGGGACAGCCCUUUUUUGUGGUCAUCUGAGCCAGUCGAAGGUCCAGCUAUUUGCAGGGCAAAGGCAGUACCUUCAGUUUUUUAAUCACUUUUAAGCACAUAAGAAAAUUCCAAGCUUAGUGGUCCACAGUCCAAUAACUCAAAAAGUUUGUAUUACUUGUACUUUAACAUUUUGAAUGGAAUUCUUAUCAAGAGAUUUUUCUGCUGAUAAUCAUUCAAUGAUUGAUCAAGUGAGUUCUGAUAAACAGAGGCCAAUUCCCAACAUAAGUGUAUACAGUGUAGCUGUAAAGCGUUUUUGGUUUAGCCCUUGAAGUCUGUGUCACAUGAAAGAUUUUUAUCUUUUCUUUAAAAGCUUUUGUUAAUUAAUGUGAUAUUAAGUUACACUGUACAAGCAUACUUCACCUAAACUUAUCUAGAUUGCUUGUUCCAUUUGUUUUUGCAGUUGUGAGUGUUCAUUGAAUGAAGAAAAGGCAAUGGAAAAAAGAGAUGAAAUCAAACAGGGAUAUGAUGACUUGAAGAAGGAACUUGCUGAAUUUACUGGUACUGUUAUAAUGUUACAUCGUUUUUACCAGAACAGUUCAUGUAGAUUGAGUGAUUUUCGAUGUCUCAAAGUACAUGUAAUCUCUCUUGGUGCAGACACCAGAGAUUUACGUGUGUGAUAGAAAAAGAUUUUAUUUUGUCACAAUAUUUAGACAACUUACAGUAUACAUGCAGGGUGCAAAGAAAUUAAGCCAGCUUUACAGCUUACCAUUUGGGCAAGCUGUAGCUAGCAUGCACCAGGAUGAGCAGGAUUGAUUACAGUUCUUCUGUAAUUUGAACUCCCCAAAAAAAUUCACUUGCCUGUUGGGCAAGUUAAAGACAGAAUUCACUGACCCAAUAGCAAAAUCCACUAGCCCCAGGCUAUCUGACCUCAUUUCUUUGCAUGCUACAUGCAUGUAAUUUUGAAAGUGACAGGUAUACAGUUGCAGCUCUGCUUUACUCCAUUGAAUACCCAAAUGCUGUAGUAUGCCUUACUUUAAUUUUAUUUACUUGUUUAUUGAUAUGUAUUUAUAUAUUUUAAAGAGAAAAAGAAAGGCCAUACUAAAGAGCACAAGAAAGCUGCAAAGUAAGUAACAUAACAGGUAGAUAAUAAUAUAGGCGUGCUCAGUGAAUACUGUAUUAAGCGGACAUCCUAGGGGAGGUCUCUAUAGUGUCCACUUUAUACAGGCUGUCCACCUAAUACUUGAUAGAAAGCAUCAUAUGAGGAGUACAUGCCUCUCACAUCAAUGACAAAAAAGACUAAAAUUUGACCAAGGGCAAAGUUGAACUGUUCACCUUUUACACUCAGAUUGCAUGACUUUUGUUUUCGUUCAAGCUAUAAAGUGGAGGUCAUGAAUUAAUUUAAGUGGGUUAUCAAUACUGGAUGUGGAAAUUUUUCUAAGAGAAGCUGUGCAAACAGAUUGAAAGCCUGGCUAAAUAAAUUAAUCUCCCUUCUUUUUAUUAAAAGUCCUGUUGUGUUCACAAUGUUUCAGAAAAUAUGAGGAACUUGCAAAGGUAGUGGAAGAAACUAGGAAGAGCUUUGGAGCUUAUGACAGAGAUGAUAUAAAACUGCGUGAGGUUUGUGCACACUAAACUUGCUUCAAUGGAAAAUAUUUUUUUCUCUUAUAUUGAUGAAAAGCCAUACAACUGCAGUUCAUGUUUAAUAAUUUACAUCUACAUAUAUGUGGAAGUAUCAGACAACUUUUUUACUAUGUGUGAUCAGAUCCUCAGCUGUGACAUACAAGUAUUUUCUUGAAAAUUUUGUUUUUUCAUUAACUGGACUUAAUCAUGACUUUAUUUUCAUUUUCUUUUUUCGGAUUAUUUUUUUUGUAGGAAUUCAAGCACUCAAAACAAAAUCAGAAAAAGCUACAGAAGAAUCUCCAAAAAGAAAAAGAAAAGGUACAAUAAAAAUAAAUUUAUUUCAUAAGUAGGUUGAGUAUGAUCAUCCAGGUGAACGUAGUCCUGAAUAAUAGGACUGUUGUUGUUGACAGUGACUGACAUUUUGACAAUCUGUGCGAUAGUCACCUUCAGAAUCAUUGGUUAUGGUAGUCAUCUUAGACUCUGAGAAUCACUACAGCAGAGGUUGUCGAAACGUCAGUCACUGUAAACAACAACAGUCCUAUUCAAGACUGUGCAUUCACCUGGACGAUCGUACUCAACCAACUUAUGAAAUGACUCCUGGGCUCAAACCUUUCUCAGUAAAUUUAUUAUUGUUAAAUGCAGCUACAUUCACUCAUAGGCUUUUCCUUUUUGUUUUCACUUUUUCAUUCGUACAUGCUUGUAUGAGAUGAAAAUAUCUAUUGUAUCUUGAGCACAAGAACUCUCUGCAUGGCUGUCACUAAGCAGGGUUGUCACUAAGAUUUCAAGUUGCCUGGUUAAUACAACAAGUUGGCGGGGAAUCAACCAGCUAGGGAUUUCUUAUGGUUUUAUUUUUCUUCUAUUUUCCAAUAAAAGUAGCUGGGGAAAAUCCCCGGCCCCCCUGUCAUCCUGGCAAAAAUGAAAACUGUUGCCAAAUGGAUGCCUGUUUUCCCCCCUCCCCUGCUGAAGAAUUAAACUCAUUGGUUUUUGGACCUAAACAACUUUGAAUAGAGAGUAGGGAGGGGGCUUACAUUGUCUGUUCUAUGGAGAUAGUAGUAUGAUGGAAGAACUGUGUCAGGUUUGCCUCAGGUUGUAGAUGUUCAAUUCCCAGCCUGGCAGUAAUGGCAUUUAUAUCCAACAACUCAAAAUAUUUUAGUGACAACUUUGCCUGUAAAUAAGCAUGCUAAUUCUCCUCUCCUCACUUUCCUUAAAUGUGUAGAAUAACUUGAAAAAAGAUCCAAAUUUUUUACUUGACUACAUUUCCAUCGACUCAAGAAAGCAGUGUCAUCCUUGUUUAUGAUGGAAAUGAUUGAUUAGAAAUGUUGUGGUUCAUUUUUAUCCUUUUUGGAAAAUUUUAUUUUCCUUUGGUUUGGGGUAUAAUAAUGUGUAAUAUAGAGUUUGAAACAUAGGAAAUUAUUGAAAACUGAAUCAUUGGAUAAUGCAAUUGUAGCAUUUUGAUUGGCUUAGCCGUUAUGGUAUAUGAGCUAUUAUACCAUGCUCUCCAUAUGUGGUCGGCGUACGCGUCAGUUUAAAAUUGGCAGCUAGCUGAGAUUUUUUUUCGCGAAGGAUAGAACGGCGCCCGAAGCAAAUUGUUUUAAUUCAUUUCUUAGAAUACUAGAAAUGCAAUUUCAUCGAAAGAAAAAAGACAAAAACAAACAAAAAAGCCACAAGAGCUUGUUUGAAAGUUUGUCGAAAAACACAUGAAAACACAUGGAACUAAAGUACCUUGACCAGCUACAAAAGAAGACAAGUGUUGUUUCUUCAUGAUCGCGAAGCCAUUCGCCAAUCAAGUCACUCGCCGAUAGAUAACUGCAGCUUGUUUAUCCGACAUCAAGAAUAUAAAUCACAAGUAACCAGCUACAAAUACAGGCUAUGCAGCCAUUCACUAGAGCAAUCGAGGCAGCAGUAUAGCUUCUUUUCUCCUUCAGCAAAACCAGCUUGUGGCUUCAAACAACUUCAUAACAAGAGACCGAGGUAAUAGUUUUUCUCCGUUCUUACUUUUAUAACUGCACCAAAAAUCCAAAUUCACAGUAAUUUCGAUGGCUGUCACUUAAAAAUUCUUUUCCUUCACAUUAUCUGCCAGGUUUUUUAGCUGUCCUGCUGUGUAAAAUCCUAGAAUCCUGAUGAGUUUUUAAAAAACUAAUGUUUUGAUUUUUCAUUCAUGCAGUCUAGGUGAGUCCGUUCAUGCGUUGACAGUUUUGAUAGACGUGUGACAUGUGAAUAGCGGAAGUCCCUUGUCUUUUCCGGUUUGUUAGUCAGGGAGAUUCAACGAGAUUUUGUGUCCACUCGCGCUUGUUGGAUAUGAGAUGAUUAUAGCCAACUCGGCGCUACGCGCCUCGUUGGCUGUCUAUCAUCUCAUUAAAAGUAAACUGAACCACAAGAUCUCCAUCUACACAAUGCUUACAGAUUUUCCAGAUGUGCAUCAUGUUUCCUUUAAUUUCCACCUGGAAUCAAAUAAGUGACCAUACCCCACCUACUCUUAAAGUGUAACUUUUUAAAAACUUCUUUGUGUGGUGUUGUAUCUUUUUCAGCUGGAAGAACUUCAAAAUGUCCCUGAGAAAAGUCAGAGAGAACUGCAAAAAUUGGAGGAAAAGAAAAAUGACUUAGAGGUACAGGACCAUAGAAUGCCCACAAUUUCUGCUUUGCAGUCAUAUCAUGAGAAGUUCCCAACUUGCAGACUACUCCUAACCCUCCCCCACCCUAAACAAGGAGAACAAUUCCAUUGUUUUGUAAAAGUAAACAUAGUAAAGCAUAACUGUAAUAUAUUUAUUUAUUUCUGUUUGAUGUAUGUUUUCCUUCAACAAGGUAAAAAGGAAAGCAGAGGAAGAAAAAUUAGCGGAAGUCAUGGCAGGUAAUGCAGAGCUUGGUUUAGAUUAUAGCCUUUUCUGUGUAAUGGCUCAGUCAACUCCAAGCAUGCUUAUGCCCCCCUUUUUGGGCAUUUAUUAUCUUGUCGGUCCUGGUGGUGGGAAAUUUGUUGGAAAACAUCUGCCCAGGGGUGGGGCAUUUGUCAAUUCUCCUAUAAGCGGUUAACAUCGUCCCUUUUCUAAUAUUUCACGUCAAAAUUAAAUGUGCCUAUUUAGAUAGCUUUAGAUAUUUUUAUAAAGUCUUUAAUACAUAUGCUUGAAAAAGAUACAGGUGGUUUAUGCUCUAUCACCACCCUACACCACAGUCAUCAUGCUCAGUUCGCACAUGCAAGAAAAACAUUCAGUGCAUCAUUUGAAGAGUUUGCAGUUCCAUCGUGAUGUGAAUAUACUCAUGCUAAGCUCCAUGGGUUGUUUGUUUAUCAUUAAUUAUUUUAAAUACAUGUACCUUCAAAAAUAAGAACAGUGUUAUUAAAAUUCUAGUUUAUGGUUCUUUCAUUGAUUUUACACAUGUAGCAGGAACUCCUGAUAUUACUCAGAUCAAUGUGAUUGUUUUGCAAUAAUUACACGCUUUUGAUCAUAUUUGCAUGGAAAAGGUGCAUUAUAAAUUUUUAAUUAUUAUUAUCAUUAUAAUUACAACUAAAGACUGAGAGCGAUUUGCGAAGGCUGCUUCACACGUUUUGAUCAGAUCAUAACAGAUUUUCUAUGAAUAUGGCAUUUUCAGCUUAUUUAUAACUGGAAAAUACAAUUUUGGUGUUGUGCUAGGGUGGGGCAUUUGCAGCUUUUCCAAAAAAAAAUGAUAAAAGUCAGGUUUGGGGGGUGGGGGUAAAUGAGCUCUUUUUAAAGUGAAGUUCCUAUUCAUGCAUUGGUCAGCCCUGUCAAAUUAGAUGCUCUUGUAAGGAAAGGAACCCAUAGCAGAUAUCAUUAGGUGAAUAUUUUGAGUGCAAUUUAAGUUGUUUGUUUCUAAUUAAGCUAUGUGCAUCUAUAUGGUAAGAGUUUUUGGCUUGGAGUUCAGUUUAGUGUUUGUUAGGGAGAUUGUAACAUGUGUCAUGAUUCUGCAGGCUUAAAGACGGAAACUGAGGGGUUGCAGACAGAAAAGGAGGUAGGUUGAUUUCACACCCUCAGUUGCUGCAAAAAAAUUAACGGUGGAAAAAUGGUUUUUAUAGACUUCAGAAUAUAUGUUGUCAGUCAGCCCUACUUGUUUAAAUUGUACAGUAGCGCUUGCUCCUUGCUAAAUGACGUGUUACAACAUUCACCUGUUUUAAAAUUCAGCGCAUAGUCCAAGCUGUUCAUGCUUGCAGUUGUCAUUGGUCUUUGUUCUUAUAAUAACAAAGUUAAAUAAAAGUUAUUGGAAGGCUUCAAUACUGAAGCAAGUGUGUUUGAGAUGUUGUUUUUUCUUUGACUUUAUCACUUUCCAUUCAGGCAAAAGAAACAGAGUUGAUGGGCUGGAACAAGGUUGUCAAUGAAGCUAAGUCAAAGGUCUGUGUUCAGGCUUGUCUUAAUUUAAAAUCAAAUACCAAAGAUUUAUGGCUAACAAACACGGAAACAUGUUUGUCCACCUGCCCCUAAAGAACACAGCUGUAGCCUUUGCUCGUAAUAGUAGCUUAUACUUUUAUGUGAAAGGAAUCUAGCAAGCUUCUUGUUUUAUAGUAGUUGGUAAAUAGCAUUAAAUUCUUACUCUGUGCUGGCUAAAAUCUUCAAGUUUUUGUCAGCUCAGGAUGUUAAAAUAAUAAUUUAUUUUAUGUUACGCCUGAGACAAAUAAUGUUAUAAAUGUUACGCCUGAGACAAAAGAGACACAAGAUUGGAGGAGUUUGAGUAAUUAAUCGGAGUUAAUCGUUUGUUUUUUUCCCCUGCUAUUAUUGUUAAUUAAUUAAAAAUUAAUCUUUUCUGAAAGUGUUGCAUUUAAUUUUUCUUUAGAUGGAUGUGGCAAAGAGUGAGCUGGAAAUUUAUAAAAGUCAGCAUGAAACAGUUGUGAACCAACUACAAGAAGCAAACAACAACUUAGAGAAGGCUCUGGAAACACGAACGCAAAGAAAAAGGUAUUAAUAAGUGGAUGCAAUUUACAGUUUCUGCCAUUGCAUUGUCAACGAAUCACUACAGAUAUGUGUAAGAGGACAUACAAAUUGCUGUUUUUGGUGCUUGAGAUAGCUUUGGUCAAUAGAUGGGGAAAUAAGUCUGACCCUCCAUUUUUUGCAUUCAUGGUUAAUUUUUGUAGAUUUUUUCUCGUUUGUGUUUUUCCGAUCACGUAAUGGUAUCCAAAAAUCACUAUGCUACUUUAGUAGUUUUACCUCAGUUACUCCUUGCCUGUAUUCGUGUACCUCUCUUUUUCUUCAUAGUGAAAUCCAGUCAUUACAGGAUGAAGUUCCAGAAUUAAAAAACAGACUUCAAAAAGCAGAAGCAGACUUGGUGAAGGCUAUUGAAGGAGAAAAGAAAGUUUCAGAAGAGGUCUGUUGAGAUCACAAUCAGCUGAAAAAUAUGCAUAAAUAAUUGAAAAAAAUUUCGGUUGUUUUUUUUCCCCUGUUAUUAAAAUUAAUGUUGUGUUGUGUUGAGUUCAUUAUAGUACAAGUGUAUGAAGUCUUUUCUAAAGCACCCAAAUAAUGUUUUGUUUGAUUGGUAUUUCAGUUAUCCAAUGCCAUUGACAUUCUGCAAACAGAUAGUGAAAGUUAUGUUCUUUUUCCUUUUUCCUAAAGUCUAUUUGUUCUUUUUAGCUUCGUAGUAUGAGAACUAAAGUAGAAGAAGCAAGAAGCUCUUUCCAAGCAUCUCGCAGAAGGUUUGCUAUAGUAUAGCAUUGUAAAAGCAGUGAUUCCAUUUCUACAUUCCUUAAUUAUUUUUUCCUUUUCUUAUAGCAUGGCUAUCUACUUUUAUGGGGUUGCAAUACUUUGUUAACUGUUAACCCAUGUUAUUGGUUCUCAGUGGUAAUGACAAUGAGCAUAUGUAACAGAAGCAAUCUGGGUGUGCUGAUAAAUAUUAUAUGGAAUAGACCAUUUUACUGAUACGGCGGCCAUACUGAUUUAUCGAACUUAUGGAGUAUUAUUGGAUGCCCAGGGUACACUCGCUCAGUAUUUUCGCGUGCUUUUGGGCAAAAAGAAAACUUCAAGGUAUAUUUCUCAGGAAAAAGGUAAUCACUGUUACAUCCAAACACUGCAAAACGAUCUUGUUUUUCUCAUUACAAUCUUUUUCUAGGAAAACUUAAAGAAAAAUUAGCCGGAAAAGUGAGCGUAAAUACUAAAGGAAGUAUUUCAAAUCGUGCUCAUGCCCCCUGGGCAUCCCAUAAUACUCCUUAAAUACAUUUAAUUCAAUAUGGCCGCCGUAUCGGUAAAAAGGUCUAUUUCUUUUUCAGGGGUUCCUUUUGAUCAAGUGUUAAAGCACCCUUGUAAAAACCAGUCAUCCACGCACAGCUACAUCUGUAUCUCCCCACUUAAACAGCGGUAAAGUGUCAUGUACAUACAGCUAUUGGCGUUACACAAUAAAAGUUCUGUUUUAUUUUAUUUCGCAGCGGUAAGAUCCUUGAAGCUCUUAUGCGGCAAAAGGAGUCAGGGAAAAUUAAAGGGAUCUUUGGUCGACUGGUAAGAGUCUUGAUAGACGUCAUUGUCUUCUUGCGUGUACAGGAUGUUUUGUUUUGUCCCAUACAACAGCUGCCAACAAAAAAAUUAAAUUUUUUUCAGGGGGAUCUUGGUGCCAUAGACGAUAAAUAUGAUGUAGCAAUAAGCACGGCUUGCGGACCAUUAGACAACAUUGUUUGUGACAGUAUAGACACCGCCCAGAAGUGUAUCACCUUUUUAAAACAAAAUGAUAUAGGCACUGCUACAUUUAUUGGUUUGGACAAGGUAUGGAAGUCAAUAAUUAUUAUCGUGUUGUCUUAAUUACAAUGUAUGUUGUUCGUUUAGGGACAAAGAGUCGGUGUUAGGUGUUCAGAGAACCUUUCAAGGUUGUGCUCUAGCAUUGCCUAAUGGCCCCUUGUGCCUAACUUUUACUCCCAGGUGACCAGAAAAUCUUAACUUUUUUUUGAAGAAAUUAGAUACUGGGAACCCUGGAUUUCAAAGGCUUAGAGCACUGAGCUCCCUUCAAUUUUUCUCAGAGAACAGACUUGCUGUUGCCCUUAUUGACUCCAGGGUGCAUAUUAAUACCUUAGUCAUUUCUCAGGUUCUGUGAUGAUCUAUGACUGCUCUUAUCCAAUACCUUAUAGAAGUUUAUAUGAGUUUUGCAAGCAGGAAAUUAUCUCCUUGAAACAACUUUUUACCUUGCCAGUUUUUACGAGCAUGUUGCGGCAUCAGCUUCAACAUUUGGAAUGACUGCAGGGAAAGAGUUGGCGAUUGUAACGUUUAAUUUCAAUUAGGUUUAAGCUUAUAUUAAAACUGGAGAUAUUUUCAGUCGCUGAAUAGCGAGAUUUUUGGUAAAAUACGUGACGAUACCAGUAGUGUGAUCCCCUAAGUACUUCCAAGGAAAGGUUAUUACUUUCUAUUAAUAUAGGGAUUUACUGUUGUUUAUUGUUAAAAUAUUUGUAUUUCAUUUUUCUUUGUGGUUCUGCCUCGCCAGAUAGAGAAAUUUAGAAAAGAUGCAACUUCGAAGAUCCAAACGUAAGGUUUUUUACUGUAUAUCAUUAUUUAGUACACUGUAAGUUUCAGAUGAGUAUUUUUUUUUUUCAGAAGACGGCCUUUUUUUUUCCGAAAACCACCGUUAUUUUCCCCAUUGCGGAAGACAAAAACAAAUUUCCUCAGUGAUGUACACUCGCUUUAUUUUUUUUGCUUUGUCUUGGAAAUGUCCUUGCAAGUGUAUCUUGGCUGCAUGAGUGAACACACAAAAAGCAGACACUGUUACCUAGAUAGGACAAUGGUAUCUUUCGAAAUUUUCACUUUCGUGCUGUCCAUUUUCGAUCGUAACCAUUGUGAUGCCUUAGCGCGAUUUCCAGCCUCUUUACAGUCUCUUUGAAGGUGCCAACACACUAUCACAACACCAAGAUAGGAUCUUUCGCCAUUGGUUGCUGAAAUCUAACAGGUGCAUUGGUCAGUCCAAAAGGCAUAAUCAAGCUCUUAAGGCCAAAAGGAAUGGCCAUUACAGCCCGAAUGUAAAGGUCAUUAAACGUAACCUCCCUUCUGGAUCAAAUGGCCAUUUCCAUUUUAUGAGUCCGAAUAAAGGCCAAGAAAAGAACGUUCUGUUUCAAAAACAGCAAGGGAUGUAGAUCCAUUUUCUAUGGCUAGGUUGAAAAGAGACUGUUUUUGGCGCUAAUUGAGCAAGCUGUUUUGGUGUCCCAGCCAAAUCUGGCAGAACAAAAAAUAAAGUUACAAACGAUAACGUGUGUUUUGAUGAUAUUUUAUUUAUUUUUUAUUCGAUAGACCACAGAAUGUGCCACGCCUUUACGACUUGGUCCGUGUCAAGGACGAUCAGAUACGAACAGCAUUCUACUUUGCUCUCAGAAACACUCUUGUUGCCAAUGACCUCAAGCAAGCGACAGAUAUUGCUUAUCAGGUAUAGCCUUUGAACGUUGUUGUUUUCCUUUGAUUCGUAAACCCGAGAAAAUGAAAAAUGUCAUUUUUGUUGUUCCUAAUAACAACAAUGCUUUCGUCGAUGUGUUGCAUUUGUAAUGGCAACCACUCAAUGAAGGAAAAACAACAGAAAUCUAGUCAGGGUUUUCCUCUUUGGUAACAAAAGUUGUAACACCAUAAUUUUGCCAAUCAUGGCUAAAAAAAAAACCCUUCCGAUCGUUCAUGAAAAGUCAAUUUUCUCUCUGGGCAAGACAAAGUAACUUUUGAUACUCGACUAGUCGCUUGGGCAACUUCCAACUGAAUCAUAAAACGAAGCAAGCAUGCAACUGCUCGUGGCUUUUUUUAAAGUCCUGUCAGUACCCUGAUCUAUGUUGUCUUAGUACUGUCCGGGCAAAAGUUGGUAAUCAUAGAAAGAACUUUUUUCAGGGAUCUAAAAGAUGGCGUGUGGUGACAUUAAAGGGAGAGCUAAUUGAUCAAUCAGGUAAAGUUGUCGCUCUAUACAUUGAACUAAUUGUGUUCCUUUAUUAUUCCAUGUGCAUCCACAUUAUUCUUUGUCUUUCUACUGUGACCGGUAACAUUUCCUUUAUUAUUCCAUUUGAACUACCACUUUGUAGUCUAGUGGAUUUUGCUUUCCACUGUGACCAGUGAAGGAAUUUAACGACCAUAAAUCAAUUUUGCUCGACGAAAAGCUUUUGGGUGUAGUUGAACUGGGUGGUAAAAAGAAUAUCUGGAAAUGAUUUUCUUUUUGACGUGGUAAAGAAUAUCUGGAACAUUAAUCUUUUUGCGCUUUAGAAGCCAGUGCAUUAUUUCAAGCAUCAUGGUUCAUGUUCAUCUUAAGGCCAAAGACUGAAGAUUUUCCGCGACUCUACUUAAGUUACAGUUGUAGGAAAAUAAUUUGACAUACGCGAAAUCUCCUUGUAUGAGGAACUGGUUAGAAGACAAGAAUAGUGUCGUUCGGAGAAACUGACUCAAAAAAAAAAUUAAGAACACAAGACUAAUACCAACGAACGGAUGUGGGAGAAACUUCAAGAAGAAAAGACUGGACUUGCGCUAAGUUCAAUCCCCACAGGAUUUCUGUACACCGACAUGGCCGACGUUUAAUUUUUUGUAAACCAAUAUGGCCGCCGUGACCACAUGUCUGGAAAUAAAGUACUUUGAAAUUCCAUUAGCCCAGUUGGCUAAUGAAGCAAUAAUCUACCGACCAAAGCUGAAGUUUCACGUGCGUUUGCCUAGUCCGGUAGCGUUAGUCUCAGGCCCUGUCCUGCAUAUCAGAUAGCUUUAAAAGAUGACCUUAAAAACAGGCAGACUUUUGCAAACCCCUGCUUUUAAGAACAUCAAAUCUUGUCCCGAAUUUGUCCAGGCAACUUUGAUACAAACAGAUUUGCCAUAAUUCAAAGCUGACUCGCUGUUUACUAAAUCUGAAGGUACCAUGAGUGGUGGAGGAACCAAACUUUUGAAAGGAAGGAUGGGCUCGCGUAUUGUAGCUGAUGUAAGCCCUGCUCAGCUUGAGGCCAUGGAGAAAUCUUUGGAGAACGAAACAAAAGCAGCUGCGGUAUUGUUACCUGAUUACUAUACCCUAAUCCUUUAUCCUUUGUUCUUUUAUUUUUUUCUGGUUGGUUAUGCCAUUUUUCGACCUCGAGACUUCGUCGCUCACUUUUAAGAAAUUAUGACAGGUCGACUUGUAGUGAGUCUAACUAUACCCUAAUUGAAUAAGAAUAUUGCUUUGACAAUAGGGCAUUUGGGCAUACGGAAUUCUCUGCAAUGAUUCGCUUAAUUGACCGCCAAACAAUAGCUUCUCAGUGCGUUUCAAUGCCCAAAGCAUUGAAUCAGGUAUAUAUUCACUUUCUGCUGUCUUCUUUCUAGAUACAGCUCUCCCAGCUGUGAUCAUUUUGGUCGCUAUGGCGAAUAGAAAAUAAAUUUGGCCUCUGAAAUUACCAAUUUGGCGAAAUGUUUCGGUGGUCACGUGCCAGGCCGUGUGCUUUUAUUACCUUAGUUGCGUUUAUGGUUUUCCUAAAGCUAAGCAGUUGCAUGAAAUAUUAUUCAGGCUCGGAUUUCUUUAUAACCCUGGUUGUCCAGGUGUAAAUCGUUGAGAUGUGGCGUGUACCUAGUUCAAUUGCGCUAGCUGGGCAGCCAUUUUCUUGAUAAACAAAUGAAGAAGCCUUGACUACAUGCUCUUUUCUGUAGCAAAGCACUUAGAAGCGGCUAGAGCACUCAAAAAGCACUCUAAGGAGAAAUAGUUGACUGCGUCUCGUGUUUCCUCCUAGAUUUUUUUGGUGUUCAAGCCGCCUUCUGCGUUGUUUACAACAGAACAGAGCACAGUCAAGGCUUCUUUAUUUGUUUAUUAAAAACAAAAUGGCAUUUUGUUCAUUUACAAAAAUACCUAGCCUGACCCGGCAAUUUCCCACACUACAGGAAUACAGAGAAUCCAAGACAAGACUCGAAGAAAUGGUGGAUGAACUAAAGAAAGAACUGUCAACUGCAGAACACAACUUACAGAAAUAUAACAUGGAGACCAAGGUACCCAAACCUGUAAAAGCACUCUGACAUCCACCUACUAAAGCUGCAAAUCAGUUAGCAUGCAGAGCUGCAAAUAAUUUCAGGGUUUUUGAUAAGAGUUUAAGUAGAUGACAAAAGCUUUGGAGUAGAUGACGAAGGAAACAAACUAGCGGCAAAGGCGCGACUUGCAAGCGAGAGUUUCUGGAAAAAUUUGAAUGCAUAGAAUGCAUUGCCAGCAUCCUGGAGCAAACAUUAGAGUGCUUGAACAGACACGAAGACGUGAUUAAAUUUUGGCUUUAUUAUUCAGUGACAGCACAUGCAUACUCUAUUUAAACUGGGGUAAUUUCUAAAGAAAAGGAGGCGGCGAGUUCACGUGAAAUAGACCACGAAUUUCGCUGGCCACCGGCUCUAAUUGAAAACCCUGAAUUGUUGCUUUUCAGAAAAAGAAAUGAAAAUGAUAUGUUCGACCAGGGGCCGUUUCUUAAAACUCCCGAUAUUUAACGGGCCCGAAAACCCGUUGUUUAUAUUCAAGAUCGAUGUUUCAACAAUUUUGCAGUUAACAUGAUAAGACUGUUAGUUAACAAAGGAGAAUCGACUGAUUUUUUUUAGCUAAUACCAGUGCUUUUUAUUCUUUAGAUUUUGAUUUGAAUAUUUGAUUUCGGGCCUGAAAAGCUACCACCGGGACUUUCGAGAAACGGACCCCACGUAACCGGUUUUAGGCUAUGAUCACACUAAACCGAAUAAGUUUUGCGCCGGCACCAAAACCAUACCGAAUAGAGCUUCUGUUCACACACAUAAGAACCGUGAUUUCGGCGUAAUUCCUGUAACGGAGCGAAGUUGCACCGCGCCGAUCUCAAAAGUGAAGAUUCAGUUAUCGGAUAGGUGUUCACAAUAGCUCUUCUUGUUGGCACAAAAACAGGCAAACCAGAAAACGUGUGGGACGUACAUCUGUAUAUCGUGGCUCUAAGAGGUUUUUCUUUGGGUAAUCAAGGUCUUCCCCAAGCCUGCGAGCGGUCGCACUCGUACAAGCCGGCUACGAGGCCUGCGAGAAGAAUUGGACAAGAAAAAACUUUUCCUCGCCCAAUUUUUCUCGCUGGUUUCAUCAGCUCGUGCAAACUCGCCCAACUGGGUCUGCAAACAAGUUUGUGCAUCAAGGGCUUCGAGGUGUUUCGUUGGAAGGAAAUAACCUUUACAUUUACUUGAAAUCACAAUAUUUUAUCGUUUUGAUUCCUGAAGGCGCUGGAUGAACAGGAAGUGGCAUUGAAGCAGCAGAUUGUGCACCUUGAAAAACAGGUGAAAGAAAGCACACCAGACAAAGCCAAGCUGAAGCAACUGCAGGAUGCUGUGAAAAAGCAUGAGAAAGGCAAGAAAUAUUAAAUUUAUCAAUGUUUCUGUUAACGGCAAAGAUAUACCUGAUUGCCAUAACAUUGUCGUAAAAAUAUACUCAAAGAAAAAAAUGAAAAGCGCAAAAAGCUAAAUAUGAAUUAAUUACUCUCAGAAGUAAAUAACCAUAAGGUGCACUCAUUUGCAACAUGCUCCGAUUGUCUCACCCCGGCUGGACAAGUCAAAGUGUUGUAUGGAGAAAGGUUGGCCCGACUAGGAGGGUAAAAGUCAUGAGAAAGGGUGACCAGGCUAGAUGGGUCACCUUUCAAGCCGAGCCAACCUUUUGUUUCUCAUGUAAACAGUUCGCCACGUAUUGUAAGGAAAAUAUAAAACGUUCGGUCGCCCAUGGUCGCUCGGGUAGGCGGGUGAUCCUUACGCCUGGGACAACUUAUUUUCUCUAUAAAAACGGGGCCUUAGCAGUGAUUUUGUUGCAAAUAGUUAUGGUGAGUCCUGGGACUCAUCUUGUGAAAAAUUAUGAGUCCCUGUCCAUAACCAGUGAGUCCCAGUUAAAAGAAACAAGGAGUCCGAAAUUGAAAAUGCUGGGGCCUUUAUGUAACCAGACAGUUGGGACAGACGACAAAACUCUUUAUUACAGUUUACUAAAAUUAAAAUAUAGUCCUUCUAUACAUUUAAAACAGUAAAAAGACUAAAAUAAAUAUGCCUCUUUAAACAACAGCCACAGAAAUCACACGAACGGGAUAUUCUACCAAAGAUCUUUAAAUCGAUCGAUCAUUCUUUGCGUCCUGCAGGACGCAUGCCAUGAAUUAUUUUGCGUCUUUGAUGAUUUUUAUGCGUCAGGGACGCAGGACGGUGAGGUAACAAAAUCACUGCCUUAGUUACUGUCGAACCUGCAACCAAACAGUCAAGCGCACUACCGACCUAGCUAAUCCUGUAGUGCUUAAUGUAGCUCGAACAACGUUUUACAUCUUUCCUAACAUUUCCAUCUUGCUGACAUUUCACAGAUUGGCAGACAGCGGCCGCGUCGGCUGCUAAGAUUGAGACGGAGGUGCAGAAGUAAGUUUUUAACGGAUUAUUUGAAUGAUUGGGCUAUGUUGACACUGCAUCAGAAUAACUUUCUACCGGGUUAAAAAUUCUUGCAUCUAGGUGCUUCGGACAUAGGGAACCACCAUAACGUCACGAAAAUUUAGACGCCUGGACGUUCAAAGUUCCGUAUGAACAGAGCGAAAAUGAAGUGAUUUUCGUAUGACCUUAAAAAAUGGUUUCGGCUAAUGUUCGUUAUUUGUUUUAUCAGCCAAUGGAUGAAAAUAUGAAAAUAUGAAAAUAUGACCUUCGUUUUCCCGCUAAAGAAAACCCUAAUAUAAAGAAGGCAUUGUUCGAUUGGCCAAUCGUGUUGCAGUAUGACGUCAAAGCGAAGUAUCGGUUGAUUUCUAGAAAGUUCUCGGGCAUGAAGAUUUUUCACCCGAGCGUUCGCUUAACCAAGCAAAAGCCACGCGAGUUUUUAUCCGUUCGAUAAACCAAUCAAAUCGCUCUAUUUCCGUCCGUUUGUUGUUUCUUUUUUGUUCGCGCGUGUUCAUUUCAAGGUCAUACGAACAUCGCUCAAUUGAACGGUCCCGUAUGAGCGAAGUGCCUGCUCAAAUUUUUCAGUCAGACGAAAAUUCGUCCAGUGCCAUGUGAACACAGCCUGAGUAUGAUUUUGAAAGGAGUAAAUAUUCUUAUCUGAGAUUUUUGUUUUGGCAGACUUCACAAGCAAAUUAUGGAGAUUGGUGGUGCUAAGCUCAAGACACAACAGGUCAGUUCUAAUCCCCAAAAUAGACAGACAUCCCAUUCUCAGAUCGGGGCACCUAACGACUGUUUUCUGUUAAAUAUCUGUUCGGAAAAGCAAAUAUUGCGUAGAAUUUUCUAUCACUUGAGGAAGGCUAAAAAUUUCUAAAUGACAGUUCCAUCCAUGUACAAGUUUCGAAGCUUAUCUAAUAAAUUCUCUACGAUUUUCUGAAAGAAACGUAAAAUUUUCGGAUUCAAAAAUAUGAUGGAGAGAGGAAUUAGAAAAUGUCUCACUUUCGUAAUACUACAAAUUUCAUCUAAAAUUUUCGGGAAAAAAAUAAUACUCAAGCCCUUGAAAUUUUGAAAAGACUCAAGUUCCCUUGGAUGACCGAACAGAUACUAAUUUUACAGCGCCGCCUAGAAUGCAUUUUUUAGGGAUCUAAAAAUACUCUGGACAGCCUAAAAGGUGUUUUCAAUGCCUUUAGGAGGAAACGGUCGUUGGAUGCCGCCUGACAGAUGGAUCAGUUGUAAGCCGCCUAUUGCUGCAGACUUAAGAUGAGUAAAUUGUGGCUUAUGCUGAGUCUAGUCUCCUUGUCUUUUAAUAGGGCCGAGUGGAUGUACUGACCAAAGCUAUGGAUGAAGUGGCAGGACAGAUUACGAAAGCAAAUGUUGCCAUCAAGACUUGUCAAAGGUAUGUGUUUAUAAUGAGUAUGAAAAGAGUAGACUGUUCAGUCAAGUUUAUAGUGUACAUGUUGUUCUGAAAACAACUUUCUAAAGUGAUACUGAAGAGGCUUCGUUUCAAUACUGACACUCAUGAUACCACAGGAGUUUGAAGUCGAGGAGUGAUUUGUCGUUUUUAUAUAUUUCUCCAAUAAAGGUAAUGUUUAAUCUCGAUAUUUGUAUAAUAUCUCGAUAUUUGUAUAAUAUCUAGGAACACCAAAAAGGCGGAGGACAAUAUAAGUUCACUCGAGAAGGACAUUGAAGAAAAUGAUGCCAACAUUAAAAGGCUUGAGGUAGGAAUCUCGAAAUAGGUGAUAAUAACGUUCACAUAAGUUAAAUACAAAAAUCAUAACUUGUAAAUCUCUGUGGAGAAAUCUGAAUCUUACACUUUAUAUGACGUAUUUCGUCACCUAAAGCCUUGGUGCAAAGUGUUGUGCUGUUUAGGAGUCUCACGUACUUUAGUAGUAGAAUUCAAAUAUUUGCAAGUAGAAAGUACGAUUUAAGGUAUCUGUGCGAUGGAGAUUCACAGAUUUAUUGCCAUGAGAUUUACUAGAUACAGGUCUAGUAUAACAGUACAAACCUUGGCACAGUAAUUUUACUCUUAGUAUACAUCGCUAUCCUUUCACAGACGUUUUCAAACAAGUUGGAUGGUCUGUCGAAGUUCUUCCUUGCGGAGAAGCAAGAAAAGUUCGUGUAAGACUGAUUUAUUGCGUGUGUGUGUUUUUUUUUAUUAUUUACAGGAGGAGUUUACGACUUUAGAGGAGAAAGCCAGCAACGUGCUGCAAGAUUAUGAAAAGGCUCAGGUUAGUUGUAAUGUGAAACUAGGAGGCACCUCUGUUUUUCUUUCCUUUUUUGUUAGAAAGCGUUGAAAUUUUUAAAUUGUGCCUCAGCGUGGAGGAACAUAGAUAAAGUUAAUUCAUUAAUAAAACUCAAAAGCCUUUUCUAAUAGUUUAGUCAAAUUCUGUAAGACUGAGAAAAAUACCAUAAACGAAAACAGCCGCUUAUACCCCGCCCCCCCGCUUUAAAGUCUCCCUCCAGUUAUAUGCCCAUCUACCUGUAAACAAAAAACACAUCUGAUUAUAAGCCCCCUUCUAGCUUGUAAAGGCCAUUUGCAUGAUGGCAUCUUUUAACUAUUACGACCAGAAUCCUUUUCGUUUGUCUUUUCAUAUCUAAAUUUGGUAAUCCCAGAACAAAAGCCUGAAAGAUUCUGGUCGUAGUAGUAAAAUGACGCCAUCGUGCAAAUGGCUUAUUGGAAAGAAGACGAUUUAUUAUGACGUUUUGAAGCUUAACCCGUCAAGUCCCAAAAGUGUCUAACGUCAAUUUUCUCCUAACGAUAUCCAUACAAUGUCAAGAGAUUAGGUUAUAAGAAUUAAUAAAAUGAUCACCUAAGGGAAAAUGCCUUGAUCUUUUAUCAAAUUCUCUCAACUCAUUCUUGAAGGAAAUGUAUAGAGAUCAGUUUGGAGAAUUUGUAUGUGGAUAUUGGGGCUUAAAGGGUUAAUUAAAAACCAGUAGAAGCAGAACGUCUUUUGAUCAGCACUGAUAUAACUUGUUUCGAAGCGCUUUUUUUAUUUCGAUUAUAAGGCCCUCCGUUUAUCAGCCCUCUUUAAAUCCCUCACAAAGAUUUGUAAAUCCAGGGCUUAUAAGCAGCUGCAGUUUACGGUAUCUUGAUUUGAGCCGCGCAGGCCAUCUAGAAUAAGCAACUUUACAGAUCUCCUAGAAAUGUUGCGUGAAAUUAUAAGUUAUCAUUACGUGGGAUAAAACAAGAAUUAUGCGCUAAAAGCUUUCAGGUAAAUGACAUAACGUGAAAACCUAUCUCCCCACGUUGAAAACGCACGUCGUAAACCUCAAACGUGACGCGAAAGACUUGUCAUGUGACCUCCAGCGGUCAGAGGCUCGCGGUAAACUCGGAUCUAAAACUCUCUAUUGUGCUUAUUGUACACACAGCAAGAGAUGUCGGAAAUGGAGGAAUCCCUGGACGUUUUGAGGAAAGAACUGGAGGCAGUCGAGAAGGAAGAAAACAAGCUGCGAGCUCAAGAAGUGGAUAUCAAACAUGAAGUAGAAAAAUAUGAGACUGUAUUGAAGGAAAAUCAACAGAAGGUCAAGCACUGGCAGAAAGAGGUAUACAAUGCAGCCUGUGAGCAAGCUCUUCAUUUAGGGGAGUUGCGAGUAGUCACGCGAGAGCGAGGAAAGAAACCUCCACCCCUCGUGGCUUCGCCGCUCGCAACGCUCGCCAAAAAUGGAGACCCUGCUCGCAGACUUACAUUGAAGGAUCAAAUCCUUAUUUUUUGUAAACAACGAAAGACGUUGGCAAGAGAAGUUUGGUUAUGGAAGCUACUAACUAUUAAAGAUGAAAACAACGAUGCUGCAGUUUAUGUUUAUGUUUUACCAUUAUCAUUAUUGAUCAUCACAUUUACAAUCUUACAAAAAAAAUUGAACUAAACUUUUGAACGAGGUAAAUUGAAUAAUAUAGAGUGAACUUAAAGUGUACUUUUUUGUCUUUACGUAAUCAAUGAACGAAAUUUUAAAUCUAAGUACAUUUCCUCGACUAGUUGAAAAGAAAACCUGUUAUUCAGUAACUUAAAACUGACAGAAAUGCUAUUGAACGUUAAGUCAAAAGAGUGAAACAAAAGAUACAGUAGAAUUUCUCGAACACUGGGUUUUUUCGAAAAUGCCGAUCGUAGACCAUUUUCACGAUGACUACAUUUGACUACAACUACCAGAAUUCAUUUCGUUUUGCUUUCUUAUUCAAAUUUGUUAAUCCCGCUCGGGCUCAAAAAACAAUAGGCCUAAUUUGCACAAGAAAACACAAACUGAAGAAUUCUGGUAGUUGUAGUAAAAGUUCGUCAUCGUGCAAUUUUCCUAUUCGAACCAAACCCAUCUCCUCUUUGCCAGUCAAACACUGUAAUUUUAGCCCCAAUUUCUCAAACCUCCGGAUAGAUUCCAAACAAUUUGCUGUUCCCUAGGUGUUUGGAAAACUCGGGAUUCCACUGUAGAAGACAAAAAAUAAAAUAAUUUGGGACUAUUGCCGGUCGUGUUGACCAAUGACCUGUUGACCGACCAAACAAGUCUUAGCUCGAAAUCGUCUCUCUUCUGACCUGUGAGAAUGUUGAAAAUAGCACGAUAAUACCUUGAACUUACAAGCCUAGUAACAAGCAAAAAAUGUAAGAUGAAAAAACAUGACAGUCCUCUAGAAACGUAAUAGUGUGAAAAUGAAUUUUUUUUCUGGUCGCUUUUUUACGUGUCCUGUCAAAGUGACCGGUAAAGCGAAAGUUUGUCCAGACAAAUGGACAUCUCUGUCGGACAUUGUCUGUUGACCGGCCUUCAUUCUGUAUAACAGUGAAGUGUUUACCACCCAGCCCACCACCGUAAGACUAUCAAACCGUCUACCCUCAUAGCUGCAUAUAGUUGAUUAAUUGUUAUUGAUGUAUUUGCGCCCUUAGCUUAGUAAGCUGUCGCUGCAGUCUGUAAGUGCCUCAGCUGAUGCUGAACCAGAGGAGAGUCUUCCAACUCUGACGCGAGAGGAACUGGAAGGGGUUGAUAAAGAAACUGUCAUGGUAAGCAGCAGAUUUUUAGUUUGAAAGUUACUGCAUACAACAAUGACGAAAAACAGCAUGGUUCUUACGAUCUUGAAAAGGUCGUGAGUUUUAGUAGCUGUCUUGAAAAGUCCUUGAAUUCGGUUAAGGUACUUGAUUCCUUUAUUAGGUCUUGAAAAAUCCUUGAAAUUCACUACUUUGUUUGAAAACAUUUUUGUGCCUGAGGAAUAUCUUACUUUUGUUUCUUUAUUUUAAAUGCUGUUUCUGUACCUUAGAUGCAAUUGCAAGUCAUACGCGGUCAUUUUCCAAAGCGUUGUUGCGGAAAGUGAUGCAAAAUAAUGUGAUCAACCAUGGCUGAAGAAGUAAAAAUCGUAAAUGACUCCAUGACGUGUUUCAAUAAUGUGUUCAAAAGGGGUUUUAAGAAUGCCGAUUUAUUGAAUAAAUCUUACUCCUUGAAAGCUGUAAUUUGUCCUUGAAAAAUCCUUGAAAAGUCCUAGAAAUUUGUUCGUCUGAAGUUGAACGAACCAUGUAAUAGGGAUGGUGGAGCACCUGAAGGGUGAGCGCCGUCGAAAUCACAAUCUUGAGUUAAAUUUACACGUUUUAAGGUAAUGUUAGACGGGACGAUUUGCAACGACUAUUUUUAGCGCAACAAUUGUGGAACAAUGCUCCAACAACUGGAAACAAUGUCUCAACAUUGACGGAAAUGCUUUGAUGCGCUGAAAAUCUGGCAGCGUUAUUUUGCAGAACGCCAAAUGACCUUCGACCGCGGAACGACUCGGAAGUUUAGUUAUUAGGGUUGGGACACUGAGAGAAUCAGGUUCCAUUUAGGGCCAUUAUACUGGGCAAACUGACCUGAAACUUGAUUCACUCAGUUUCCUAACCCCGGCGUCUAAACUUCAGAGUCAUUCGGUCACGGUGCUGCGAAAUACCCUUGCCGCUUAAAGUCGUCGCUGCGAAUCGUCCCGUGUAGCAUCACCCCUCAAGUACAUUGAUGUGGUAAGGCCAACACAACAGUUUCACGUCGUAUUCGUGCAGUGAUGGUAAAGAUUGUACGAAAAAAAUGUGAUAUAUGUGCACAGUUGAUAUUUUGCACAUUAAACCUAUUGUUUUUUAAAUUUUCGCUCUUAAACUUCCUAGUUAUUAUUAUAAGGGGAAUUAGUCAGUAAUUUUCAAUCAAAAAGCAUGCCGUCAAUUUUUCAAUUAAGGAAACCUGUUAAACUGAAGAAGCAUCCUUCUCAUUUGUCUUCUGGCCCUGAUUCUGGAGGCCUGUCUGUAAUUUUGUUGAUGCAUUUUUUUCAGUAUGAAAUUACUGUUUUGGAGGAAAAAUUACAGCAGAUGAAACCAAACAUGGCAGCUAUUGCUGAAUAUCGUAAAAAGGUAAUGUAUGGCAAACGUCUCCUCCUUAUUUUCGCCAUGUCACGGGCGUGGGGUGUGAACCUUCAAAUGUAAAAUAAUAUCUUUAAUAAACCUUGCUCCUAAUUAUUCACUAUAAUCAGUAUAUGGCAUUAUAUCACAUUUAUUGACUUUGUAAACCAAGGUUUUUAGUUUCCUUCCCUCCCACUUCUCGCCACGCUUUGUUUAUGGUCACAUGAUGCGGAAGUUUGUAACCUUUUCUAUGAUGUGUACUCUGCAGGAAGAAGCUUACCUGGCUCGAGUCAAGGAGCUUGAUGACGUCACCAACGAUCGUGAUCAGAAAAGAAAAGAGCAUGAAGCCAUGCGCAAACAGCGCCUUGAUGAGUUCAUGACAGGGUUUUCCGUGAUCACCACUAAACUCAAGGAAAUGUACCAGGUGCUUAAUGACUUCCUUAGCCAUGACUACCACUACUUAAGCCAUGCUCAUACUAUACGGAAGAGUUAUUCGUGCCGAGACGAAAAAAGCUAUCCGGCAUAGUAUGAACACCUAUCCGAUUUGCGACUCUCCACUUAGAGAUCUUCGCGGUUUAGCUGCGCUUCCAGCCGCCAGCCGAAAUCACCGGUCUUUAAAGGGGCUGUUUCACGGCAGUCCAGUUUAUUUUGUUUAAUUUUGCCAAUUACUCGCCCUCAAAUCGCUAUGGUCCAUCUUUCCCAGAGGAGAAUUCCUAUUCAUUGCCAUUCGUUAAAAGAAAUUCCUUGGCGUUUUAUGGGAAACUCUGGUUAACUCAUCGAUCAACUUGUUGGCAUUCAGUAAGAAAGAGAGAUAAAACGUGCGUUUGAAUUUCCGCGCAAAAAGGACAGAGCAGUACUGUACUUGGUUGGUAAUAUUGGAGUAUUUUUUUAAAGGUUUGAAAAAAAGGUGUAAAGGCUUGUUUAUAGUGGAAAGUGCACUUAGCUUAUCUAGCUAGUUUACAGGCACUCCACUCAAAUACUUAGAAACAAAUAAUUUAAAUACAACAUAACAGGAUUAAAAACCCCAACUAGCAGGGGGCAACCAGUUGGCUAAUUUACAAGCAUGGCUGAGGAUUUGAACUCGGGACGACGGAGAACAAAUCCAGCUAGCGGUCAGAGAGGGACUCGAACCCGGGACCACCGGAUUGCGAGUCCGACGCGCUAAUUACUCGGCCACGCUGCCUCCUGUAACAACUCCUUACAACAACUUUUUUCUGUCCCCAUUGUAGAUGAUUACUCUUGGCGGUGACGCUGAGCUGGAGCUGGUUGACAGUCUUGAUCCUUUCUCUGAAGGAAUUGUGUUCAGGUUAGUAACACAAUACAAGAAAGGAAUUUUAAAAUCACGUAAACGGCAAACGAUAAUUUGCGCCACGUGACCCAUUUGCCCUCUAAUAAGUCUUUUUAAAUAAUACCAAAAAAGUUUGUUGUCCCUCCAAAAUUUUACACAAGAGUUGUUUUCAAUUUCUCUUGUCCUAAACUAUUGUCCUAAACUAUUGUCAUUUUGUUUUCAUUAUACAGUAGAAAACCCGCUUUACAAAAACGCUAAAUAUGGACAGUUUUUUGUCACUGGGGAAAAGCCUUUAAUUCUCUCUUAAUUCAAUCCGCUUUUUACGGACACACGUUAAUGCGGACCACAGACACUUGGUUCUUGCCCAAUCAACAGAUGCUCAUACUUCUUCUUCUCACUUACUUCUGGUCUUUUACUCGGAUUUUUAAGCAGAAAUCUCGUAAACUUGCGCAGGAUACCAUCCUGUGCGAGUUAACGAGAUUCCUACUCAAAAACGGAGUAAAACGUCCCCACUAUACUACUCUAAUGGAAACAUUGUCAACUGUGUGCUGUAAUAAACCUUGCCUUUUUGACGGUAAAAAAACUCUUCAGCGGACAGCAUGUUGACUUUUCCAACGAUUUUUUCGAGCUAAAUAGUAAUUGGGUUUUUUUAAAAUUUUAAUCGGGAGCUUUCUUGGAAGAGAAAAACUUAAAACAAGCAUCUUGAAAUUAUGGACCUGAAGAUCUGAGGACACGACGGUAGCCAAAACGCUUCUUAAAAGUAAAUUUGCGUUCUUCAGUCUCAGUUGUAAUUAUUCCUACCAUCUUAUAUUGUCAAAUGUAGGCAAACCGUCCGAAGAACCAUAUCCAAGUUACAGAGAAAUAAAAUUUCGUCGUCGUUUGUUCACAUAUUCCAUAAAACGUACAAUUAAGUAAUUUUGCGUCGCAGUCAAUAACUGAGUCAUGCAAAAACGGCAAAGAAAUGUUUAAAAAAGUGUGGUGCACGUUCAAAGGUGUUGUUUUGCCAACUAAACCUACUGGUUUUUUCACGUUGCCGUCGCGUCGUCGGAUCUUAAAGUCUCUAUAAAAUCAUCGUGAAGACCGUAUGGUGUAUUGUCUUUGGAUAAUUAAUUAAUUUCAUUUAAUGAUUGCCACUGUUUCAAUUCUCAGUGUGAGGCCACCAAAGAAGAGCUGGAAAAAUAUUUCAAAUUUAUCGGGUGGAGAGAAGACACUGAGUUCUCUAGCUUUGGUAGGUUUACGAUUUGCUUUCGUGGGCCCUUUGCACAAAACGGUCACAUGGUACAAAAACACCUCGCUGGAGAAAAAGAAACAACGCUGUGGGAUCUUGAAACGAAUUAGGAUAUUGGGGUUUUUUUGAAUGAUGCAUUCUCUUCACUUUUCUGCUCCACUGCUAGACUUUCUAUAAGUCUUUAAUUUUUUUUCCUGUUUGGUUAUGCCAUUUUGGAGGACUUCAUAAUUCACCGGUCGAAAAUUCUACAGGUGACGUCAGGACAAUUGACCAAUAGGACGGUGAAAGAUAUUUCACGCGGCUCCCGACACAGCGUAUGUCAAUCAUUUUUCCCCCGUGAAUUUAUUAUGAUUCAAAUCCAUUCAGGCGAAACAAGUUGACCUCGAGAUUUCGUCGGUCGCUGUGCGACCUCAUGCUUUGAAGCUCGCUUCGAUUUCUUCAAGAACUUGUGAGAGGUCGACUUGUAGCAAGUCUCCCCCACUGGGUCGUUUGCCAUCCAGGGAGAUGUUUUUGUUCCAUGUGAGUCCCUAGCAUGGCCGAUUUAGCUGUCCAAUUCUUUGGCUUGAUAGUAUGUUUGAGUAUGUUGUUUGCUUUUUAAUGUAAUGGCUUUCGAUAUAAUGCACGUUGUACUUGUUGGAAGUUACAUUUUUGCCCGCUUUUUUAGGUAUUUGCUCUUCAUCACUACAAGCCCACACCUUUGUAUGUGAUGGAUGAAAUCGAUGCUGCCCUGGACUUCAGAAAUGUGUCAAUUGUGGCCAACUACAUUAAGGUCAGCAACAGUUUUACUGUAGUUAAACCUUUCACCCCUAGUUCUGGUCAAAUUAAAAUCACACAGAAAACUAAAUAUCUUUUUGUAAAUCCUAAGGUUCGAAUAGAUUUUCAAAAAGUUCUGCCGAAGAGAUUUCAUUUGAAUGGUAACUUCAUAGGAUUUCGCUCACAGGUUAACACAGGUUAAAAAAGCUUCAAAAGUAGAGGGCAAAGUCAUCUUUCCAUGACUUGAUCUAGGUGUGAAAGGAUCAACAGGCUUGGGUAGCCCUGAAUAUCAAGACAUGAUUAGAAUGAAUUUUCUUUUUCUGAAUAUCAGGACAUGAUUAGAAUGAAUUUUCUCUAGGAAGUUGUGUUGUAGUUGCCUAAAACCCGGAAUCCGGAAAGCCAACGUCGAAAGCCGAAUGACUCUUAAAUUUGGUGAUUUGGUGAGGAAACUGAGUGAAUCAGGUUCCAUGAAGAUCAUUUUACUGGCAAACUGACCUGAAACUUGAUUCAGUCAGUUUCCUAACCCUGGUCACUAAACAACAGAGUCAUUUAGCGUUCGAUCAAGCCGCGCUGUCUUAUUUUUCAUUUUUUUUCUUUUUUUCCUCCAAUUUUCUUUCUUUCUUCCUUUCCUAAUUCCGUCUAUUUGUUUUGGUUAAUAUGUAUACCGUUUGAUCCGUAAUACUUUUGCUGAAUGUAGACUCAACCGAGAACUUUGUAAACAGAUACGUACUUAUUCGAUUAAGUACCCAACCUCGAAUUAGCGCCCACCUCAAAUAAGCGCCCAUCCUGUAGGGAGUAAAGGUUCGCCCAGCCUCGAAUAAAACUGCAGUAGACAAGAAGAGGAUUGGUUAUUGUUUCUUUUACCACCCUAUCUGCUCCUCGUCGACUGACCCAUUCGCAGACGUUACGCUGUGAGACAUCUACGAGGCAACACCAGAGAGUUUGGUUAUUUUGGUUUGGUUAUAAUUGACCUUACUGGCGAUGAGUUAUAAGUUGACUAGGUACUACUAAGAAACUUAGAAGACCGAACGAGUUCUUAGUCUUUUUUAAAUAAACUUUCAAUUAACAGUUAUAAUUCUGCUCCGGCACAUCUUCACGUUUUGUACUUAUUGCUGUUUUGUUGGAAAAUUAACUUACUACUUGCUGAAAAUAAUGAGAAUUUAAUAAACGCCCACUUCCAAGGCCCAAAAAUAUAAGAAGCGCCUAGGACGCCUAAUAAGAUAAAAAGGGGAAAGACGUACAAACCACUUCAACUUACCAGUUCUUUUGCUCUUUAUGUUCUCCCUACAGGAAAGGACCAAAAAUGCACAGUUCAUAAUCAUCAGCUUACGGAACAACAUGUUUGAAUUAGCUGACCGACUCAUUGGCAUAUUUAAAACGGAUAAUUGUACAAAGAGUGUGGCAAUCAAUCCACGAGCGAUAGCAUCCACUGCCUGAUAAGCCAGACCGCGACCAGUUAGUAUCUAGAGGG